AUGUAUCAAUACUUUAUUUUAAUAUUUAUUUAUUUAAUUCCAAAUAUUAAUUCCAAAUGUAUUUGGUACGAAGGUAUACGUCCUGGCUUUAAUGAACUUUAUCUAAACGGUGAACCUAAACCAUUACCACUCAAUGAAAUACAUCUACUAAAUGAAAUGUGUCCGCAUUUAACUAAACAGCAAGGUGAUUCACCGCUUUUAUGUUGCGAUGGUAAACAACUAGCUGAAAUGCAAAAGAAUAAAGAUUUACUAGAUAAUCUCAUUGGUCGCUGUCCAUCAUGUUACUAUAAUUUAUUGCAUAUAUUUUGUGAAAUGACUUGCAGUCCUAAUCAAGAUCAAUUUGUAUGGCCGUUAGAAAUUAUAAAUAUAACUCGACCAAAUGAAAGCGAAAAUACGAAUGAAACAGUGCCAUCCGAAGAAAAAAUACAUGAAGGAUGGGAAUCAGUAGAUUAUGUUGAUCCCGAAGAGGCAGAACAAAGUGAAACCAACGACAAGAAAGAGUUAGUAACAUCAAAACCAAUUGAAAAAGUUCCCGUUGUUAGAAAACUUCGAUAUUAUGUUUUGGAAAAACAAGCAAGUGCUUUUAUUGAUUCUUGCUGGAGUGUUCGUGUCAAUUUUCAAUAUGCUAUCGAUCUUCUUUGUGGAUCGAUAAAUCGUGCGUGCGACUACAAAAAACUUUUUAAUUAUAUUGGCUUAGAAAGUUCGCAAUCACCAUUGAAGAUUGAAUUUGUUUUUGUUAACGGAAGUUCUUAUGAUCAAGAACUUAAUCGAACAUUCCAUCCACCACAAGGAUCUAUGUUUAGCUGUGAUCAGCCCGUUAUUUUGCCACAUAUUUCAAGACAAAAAUGCACUUGUAUGGAUUGUGCUGCCAUGUGUCCGAAACAAAAUAAAACUGAAAGUAAAAUAAUGCUUACAUCUAAGAGUCCCUUUAUAAAUAAAUUAAAAUCGAAAUUCGCUCAACUUCAUCGUAUAACCAUUGCUGCUAUAAUAUUAUAUAUAAUUUUUGUGAUCGUGUUUGUUAUUGUUAAUGCCUUUAUAUGUGUUUGGAAUUUAAAAAUCAAUCGAAAAAAAUAUAUCCUUACAAAUGGUAAAUCAAUAGUAAAUCAAGAAAAAAUGGAUCAUUCGAAUGAACAUCAUCGCGUACCGUUAUCUGUACAAGAUGAGGAUGAAUCGGAAACAUCAUUUGAUGAUGAGCAAAUUGGUAUAUUAGAUCGUUUUGGUGUUAAAAUUGAUGAAAAUCUUCAUAAAAUAUUUACUGGUAUUGGCCGAUUCUGUGCUUAUAAUCCUAAAUAUACGAUUAUCCCUGUAAUGACAAUUAUAUUUGUUUUAUGCUAUGGUAGUCGUUAUUAUACCGUAACGACCGACCCAGUUGAUCUGUGGGUAGCAUCAAAUUCUCGUGCACGUCUAGAAAAAGCUUAUUUCGAUGAAAAAUUCGGGCCAUUCUAUCGCAUUGUUCAUUUGAUUCUUGUCCCGAAAAACAAUACUCAAGUUAAUCUUGAAUUUAAAAACUCAUUAGAUGGCUUAGAAAAACAUACAUUCGGACCUGUUUUUGGACGAGAAUUUCUUAUCGAUGCAUUACGUUUACAAUUAUUUAUUGAAAAUUUCAAUGUAACAUCAAAAUCAGGCGAAGCCGUUUAUUUAAAUACGACCUGUUUCAAGCCACUUGAGCCCGACAAUAAUAAUUGUGCUAUCAUAUCAUUGUUUCAAUAUCAUCAAAAUAAUUUAACAUUUCUUUUAAAUGAAACAUACUAUCCAACACAAUAUCUCGAAUGUAUGCAAUCGCCUUUAACGCAACAAACCAAAUCUUUUCGACGUACAUGCAUGGCUGAAUAUGGUGGUCCCAUUGAUCCCUAUAUGGUCUUGGGAGCUUUUCCAACACAUGACAAUGUACCUGAUUAUACAAAAGCAGCAGCACUUAUUAUUACAAUUACCAUAAAUAAUAAACGUCAUCAUGAAGAACUUGAGAAUGCACUUCUAUGGGAAAAAUAUUUUCUUCAAUAUAUGAAGACUUACAGUUCUGAAUGGUUCGAUGUUAAAUAUCGUGCUGAAAGAUCGAUUGAAGAUGAAAUUGAACGUGAAUCAAAAUCAGAUAUUAAAACAGUUCUUAUAUCAUAUAUGAUUAUGUUUUUAUAUAUCGCAAUUGCAUUGGGCCGUAUACGAAGUGUAAAAUACGUUUUAGUUGACAUGAAGGUAUCAUUGGGUAUUGCCGGUGUCGUGCUAGUGGCACUAAGUGUUUGGGCUAGUAUUGGCAUUUUUUCUUAUAUGCGUAUACCAACAACAUUAAUUAUAUUUGAAGUUAUACCAUUUCUUGUAUUAGCUGUUGGUGUUGAUAAUAUAUUUAUCUUAACUCAAUCCAUUCAACGUGAUCGUCGUUUAAUGAAUGAAGAUGUCGAAUCUCAAAUUGGCCGCAUAGUUGGUCGUGUUGGUCCAGCGAUGUUAUUAACUUCUGUAUCUGAAAGUAUCGCAUUUUUUCUUGGUGCUUUAACACCAAUGCCUGCUGUACGACUAUUCAGUUUAUAUGCAGGAAUGUCUGUUUUAAUUGAUUUUUUUCUUCAAAUAACCAUAUUUAUCUCAUUAAUCACCAUGGAUCAAAAGCGUACACUUAAAAAUCGUUUUGAUAUAUUUUGUUGUUUUCAAAUUUUCAACACAGACAAUGAUGGCCAUUAUCGUUGGAGAUGGUUUCGUAAGAAUUCAGUCAAUACAAAUAGCAGUUCACUUGAAACAUCAGAUACAACAGAAACUGAAACCAACGAAGAUAAUUCAAAUGAAAACGAUGGACUUUUAUAUCGAAUAUUUAAAGAUUAUUAUGCACCAUUUGUUAUGAAUGAUUAUGUUCGACCCAUUGUUAUAUUCGUAUUUUUUACAUGGUUAGCUGCAAGUAUCGCGUUAAUACCAUACGUUAAAAUAGGCUUAGAACAAAAUAUAACGAUGCCAAAAGAUUCCUAUAUGCUUGAUUAUUUUACGGCAUUGAAGCAAUAUUUAGCUGUUGGACCACCGGUCUAUUUUAUUAUUAAACCAGGCGUUAAUUAUGCUAAUAUCAAUGCAAGUAAUCUGAUAUGUUCAAGUGCUGGUUGUUCGUCACAGUCUGUAGCCAAUCAAUUGAGUAUGGCAUCCUAUUAUCCAGAUCAAACUCGAAUAGCACAAAUAGGUACAACAUGGCUCGAUGAUUAUUACGAUUGGCUACGCCAUCGUGGUGCAACGCCGUGCUGUCGUUUAUAUGAAAAUACGAAAAAGUUUUGUUCAACAAAUUCACCGUCGCACAGAAAUUGCCAUGUUUGUACAAGUAGCACGGCACGAGAAAAUAUCAGUCAGAAUGAAUUCCGAGAAUUUUUACCGUUCUUCUUAAAAGACAAUCCAAACUUAAAAUGUGCUAAAGGUGGCCAUGCAGCACAUGGUAGUAGCGUAAAACUUUAUGAAACAAACAAUUCUGUUGAAGCAAGUCUUAUAAUGGGUUAUCAUAGUCUUCUAAUCAGUUCAAACGAUUUUAUUGAUGCUAUUCAGCAAGCGUAUAUUUUAACUGACAAUAUAACCAAUACGUUGAGAGCUGCAGGCUAUGAUGUUGAAGUCUUUCCAUACAGCAUAUUCUAUGUUUUCUACGAGCAAUAUUUAACUAUAUGGCAUGACGCGUUUAUGAAUUUAGCUAUAUCAGCCACAUCUAUUUUUAUUGUUACUUUUAUUUUACUCGGCUUGGAUAUUAUUUCUGCAUUUAUUAUAACAUUAACCAUAACAAUGAUAACUUGUGAUAUGAUUGGAAUGAUGUAUUUAUGGAAUAUCGAAUUGAAUGCAAUAUCACUUGUUAAUCUUGUGAUGUCCGUUGGCAUAUCUCUUGAAUUCUGUGCUCAUAUAUGUCGUGAUUUUGUUUUGUCGCCUCAACGAUCACGAUUGAAACGUGCUGAACAUGCACUUGCUGAUAUGGGCAGUUCCGUAUUUAGCGGAAUAACGUUAACGAAAAUCGGAGGCAUUGUCGUGCUUGGCUUUUCACAUUCUCAACUUUUUCAUAUAUUUUACUUUCGCAUGUUUAUUUGCAUUGUUUCAUUUGGUGCUGUACACGGUCUGAUCUUUUUACCAGUAUUACUCAGUUAUAUCGGCCCAAGUCCUAAUCGCAUGCGCAUAUCAAGAGCUGAAUCAGUACAAUUACAAAAACAAAUCUCGUUAGCUGCAACAUCGUAA